CAGUGCAUGAGGAAAUCUUAACUAUUUCUUUCCUUCAUAGAACUUUGCUAUAUUCUCAUGUAAAACGGAUAUAAUCGCACAAAAAGUUCUGAUAGUAUUUCUUAAGUAAAGGAAUGGGGUUCGAUUUUACGAAUCGUUUGGUCUAUGGAACUUUUUUCAUGCUGUGGACUGUUUUACUUAACACUGUGUUUUCUGACAUGACGACUGUCGCCUGUCCCGCUCCCUGUGAGUGCAGACCGACGAGUUCGUGUACGGGGACGUAUGUGAAUUGUAUGAACAAAGGAUUAAAGGAGGUCCCGACCGGCAUACCCAAGGAUACAUGUAAUCUGAACUUAUAUGGUAAUCAGAUAUCAAGGAUCAACAACAACACCUUUAAAGGGCUACCACAGUCGGAGACUCUGUCCCUAUGGAAUAAUCAGAUAACAAGGAUCGACAACGAUGCUUUUGCGGGGCUAUCAGAGCUGAGAAAACUGUACCUAUGGAAUAAUCAGAUAACAAGGAUCGACAACGAUGCUUUUGCGGGGCUAUCAGAGCUGAGAGAACUGUCCCUAUCGAAUAAUCAGAUAACAAGGAUCGACAACGAUGCUUUUGCGGGGCUAUCAGAGCUGAGAGAACUGUAUUUGUAUAACAACAUGAUAACCAGCAUUAAAAGCAUCGUCUUUGAGAAGUUUCCACAGCUUCAGGAACUGUAUGUUGGAGGAAAUCCCUUUCAAUGUACGUGUGAUUUACAAUCGUUUGUGGAAUUUAUGAAGGGAUUUCUGCCAUACAACAGUCAAUAUUAUGAUGAACCGACAUGCAGUUCCCCUGACCACUUAAAAGGAAAGGAAAUCAUUAACGUUUCUUAUCACGAUAUGACCUGUGACUCUACUUCGAGUAAGUAUUCUAGGAAAAGGAUACAUUUCUUGACUCUAAUGUGAAGAUCAUUACGGUCGGACACGUAAACAAAUCCAAUAACGCUCGAAUAGGCAUUAUUAAGGA